UAAACUAUUUUCUUUCCCACAAGAAAUCAAUCUAUCACCGGAAGGAAACAAAGCUGGUGGAGAAAUGUCGAUGGGAAGCGAGUCGACAUGGGUGGGGAAGAAACCGAUCCGGCGCAUAGGCGGAUUAUCUGAUGCUCUCUCCAUCGCCUCCGAUCUCGGUUACGCCGUCGCUCCUCCUCCGUCUCAGGAAGAGUUACAAAGCUUGGCGUCUUCAAAUGGCGAAAGAGGCGAUGAUUUGGUAAAGGUUUUGAGAGAGUUAUCUUCUGUUCAGAGAAAAAUUGCAGACUUGCAGGUCGAGCUUCAAGGGAGGAAGGAUGAUAAGAAUGUGGCUCAUUUGAUUCAUGUGACUGAAAUGCAAAAGAAAAUCGAGACUUUGUCAAGAAUUACUCAAAUACUGAAAGAUGUUAUACAAAAUAAGGAUCGCAUCAUUGCUCGUCUCCAACAACCUUAUUCACUAGAUUGCAUUCCAGUUGAAGCAGAAUAUCAGAAACAAUUUUCAGAGUUGCUAAUGAGAGCGGCCAGUGAUUAUGGCGCCCUAACAGCAUCAGUGUCUGAUUUUCAGUGGAGCCAAAACUUUAAAGAACCUCCUUCAGUCUGGGGGGAAAUGCUGCGUCCAAUACCGGUGGCACUAGCGUCAUGCACGAGAUUCUUUGAGGCCAUGUCUGCGAUGAGAGAAUCAUUUGCGACUCUUCAAGACCUUCGAGUGGGUAACUCUGCAGCUUCUUUACCAACAACCCCAGGAGGUGACGAAUUGUCACAAAGAGACUCAGAUUGUGUGACUCCAACAGGUUCGAGCUUCGACGACUUGGCUGUUUAGACCACAAGGAGACGAAUACAUGAUCAAAAUGAAGAAGUAAAGAAGAAGAAGAUAAUGACAGUAGGAGACUUUCUUGGCCUCCUUCGGUUAAGAAGAGUAGCGUUUGAUUGGGUGACGUGCUUUUAACAUGGACUGUGUUUUUGUUUUAGCAACAUCGGUGGCCUUCAUGGACACAUCUUACAGUUCUUAAUGUGUAACUAUUAUUAUCAGAUGAUCAUUGCGCCAAUAUGUUUUUCCUCCCUAACCUUUAAUAUGAAAAAAUGGCUUACACAGCUAAAAUGGAUUACUUGC